CCUAUAACUCAAUGUAAAUAGGUAAAAAUAAUAUAUUAUGUAAUAUUGUUAUUCUAUGCAUAUGUAUAUUAUUAUAUUUCACUAAAAAUAGUAAUUUCCAUAAUAUCGUCAUGUCUACUUUAACAUAUUAUACAUUUUAUCAUCUUCCUAAAAAAGAACCAGUCGGACUGUAUAAUAAGAUUGUUCAAGGAUAUCUUCUCAAAUGGUCAAUGAAGGAAUGUUUACAUGUUCAUUAUUACGCGUUCAAUCAAGAGUUUUUACCGGAUGACAUUGACCAGUUUGCAUUGGAUUUCUUUCGGGACUACAACGUAACAAAAAACGUUCAGGCAAGUUUCAGUCAAUUUGUCGGAAGCGACGUAGCUAAAGUGCAGACUGAAUCCAUUCCCUGCAACGUCACUUCGAUGACAUUCUUCGACAGGCUCUUGGACCCGAAUAACGGCAUCGUCAGUUGCAGCGGCUCUGGCGACGACGAUAACCACGCGAUACGACAGUGUAUGGAAGUGUUCAAAGACGGCAUGUACAUUUCAAAUAAGCUGAAAAUGAUGUUGUUUGAAGACGAAUGCGAAGAAUAUUUGUUGUACAGCGAAGACGAGCGCUCAGAAUUCAUGUUUCGGCUGUUGCAGCAUUUCUCUACCGGUGGCCAAUGGUGUCAAGACGACGUAGUUAUUGAACCGUAUUUGAACGCAAUGAAAUACGUUUAUAAAGAUAUACUCGCUGUCGAAAAAAUUCCCGGCUCCGGAGUACAAGUCUCGUCCAAGGUGUACAAAAUCGUCGCUUUCGAUUCUAACGACACAGUUUUAUUUCCAAAAGAAUGCAGAAAUCUCAUACCUUAUAGUUUCGCUUAUUUAGCAGUAAAUCCUAAGACUCGGACUGUCGCAUUAUUUUAUCAUAAUGUCGGUGACACAAUUUAUACAUGAUAAAAUAUAUUCUUUACUUAUUUGCUGUUCACUAUUGUUUAUUCAAUUUCGUUGUAUGCUUGGGUUGUAUAGAGUUAAAAUUACAUAAAUUAACAUUUU